AUGAAAGCAAAGCGCCUGAAGUGGGCCAAACAAUGGCAAGACAAAGAUGUGGACUUCUGGAGAUCGGUCUGCUUCAGUGACGAAAGCACAUUCGAAAUUUUACAAAAUAAAGCUCAGUAUGUGCGUCGUCGUCAUGGAGAAAAGUUUCAUCCUGAUUGUGUCGUCCCGACGGUUAAAUAUCCCACCAAAGUGAUGAUUUGGUCAGCCAUCAGCGGCAAGGGCACUGGACGUCUGUACGUCGUCAAAGGAAUAAUGAGGCAAGAUCAGUAUAAAGAAGUACUGGAAAAUCGGUUGAUUCCGCAGCUCAGAGAAUGGUUUCCAAAUGGGGAACCAUUCACUUUCAUGCAAGAUGGAGCUCCCUGCCACACUGCUCGGUCUGUUAAAGCUUUUUUGGCAGAAAAAAAUAUCCCUCUGUUGGAUUGGCCCGGUAAUAGCCCUGAUAUGAACCCCAUUGAAAAUGUGUGGGAGCUGAUGAAAAGAGAAGUGGCUAAAGAUGUGAUUACCAACAAAACCCAGCUCCUAGAAAAGAUUAUUUAUGUGUGGAAUCAUCAUCCUCAAAUGCAGGAGACAGUACAGUCUUGCAUUGAUAGCAUGCCGCGCAGAAUUAAAGCUUUGAUAGCGGCUAAAGGUGGCUCAACUAAAUAUUGA